AACUCCUCUGAUUGGAAAGGCAGCAUUCUAUUUAAAACGACGCUCCAGCAAUGCCGGUAUACAUUUGCCAGGCCGGGGUGAAUUCCUCCGAACCCUGGCGACAUGGACUCCAGGUCUACGCCGCUCCGUUUGCACUGGCGGACGCACCCUCGGACGAUUCUCACGAGGAACACAAUAAGGUGACCAUAGCUCCCCGUAUGGUGCCCACGUCUACCGAAGCUGCGGCGCAAAGGGAAGCAGAAAGAAACAACAACGACAAUCUCAUACGCCUGGUGCAGAGGAGGGAGAUAGAAGGUGCGAACAUCGAAAGAACGCUUCCCCAGACGGCCGAAACUACGGGUUCGGUAGAAGGUGGAAACGCGGGGCAAGAUACAUCUAGGGCGGACAAUCAGCAGCAACACGUUGCUUCACUGAAAUUCGGUUUACCCGUGAGGAGAAUUCGCCACGCUGAAGUUGUUCUGGUAGACGAUGUUUGCAUCGCGUACGAGAGGCACUGGCUUCGGCUGCGGUGGCCAGGUUCCAAGGGUGGGUUUGCAGGAUACGUGGCACUUGGAAAAGUUAACGAAACAGUCUUCAGUCAGCAUGUUAUAGACGCCCUGCAGCUGCGAGGUAUGUGAUGAUGUUUUGUGUUUGCUGCGUGUGUGUGCGUGCGAGCGCUCUUUGAAUUUUGUCGUGGUUUUGAUGAUAUGGCAAUCUCGAAUGCACAAUGAAACCUUGAGUUGCCGCUUGUAUGCUCCGAUCUUGUGGUUGGACAUUUUGAUCACUCUUUAUCUCAAUCCCUCCCAAUGCAACUUUCUAUUUUUCCAAAAACAGAGACUGCCAAGCUGCCCGCUUCCGAAAAAGAAUUAGAAGGCGAGGGUGGUACUUCUCAUGGUUCUCGAACCCAAGAAGAAUCAGACACCGGACCAUCCCAACAACACAUCGGAGACGUAUCGUCAUCCAUUGACGCAGAGGAGGAAAAAGACGAUGCUAACGAAGACGGAAACAGAGACGACGAACUGCAAGACAAUGCGAGUGCCUUGUCGUCCGAACCCUAUGAAUCCAUUUCUGCAUUUUGUCUGCGAACGGGGAUCGAAUUCCCAUCCUCUGGUUACAUGAAGCUAAUGAGCAUGUAUGACGAUGGCUUAUCGCCUGCAGUGAGUUCUGCACCUCUUCCAACGGAGGGUAUUUUUUGCCGAAUCUGUAGAGAGGGAUUGCACGACGAUGCAGACGACGAACAACCCUCUAACACCAUAGCCAAUGAAAUCGAUGAGACACAAGUACAAUGUAUGCCAUGUCCUUCCGACUUUCCGCCAAACGAAGGCAGUACCCAACGCAUCCGGCCUGUGAAAACCCAGGGACCGGUAGAGCCCCACCCGGUAUAUCACCCAAAUUCUCACGCAGCAGAGAAUCCUUUGAUAUCGCCCUGCGAAUGUGCAGGAUCCAUGGCAUUCGUGCACUAUCUUUGUAUAGAACAAUGGAGAUGCCGCUCCCGUCACCCAAAAGCACGCCGGGGUUUGAACUGUGAGACUUGUGGAAAGCCAUACGCACUUCCGCCACCGUCGGUCCGCCCGGUAGACAACGACGAUUGGUUAGAGGCCAUGCCUCCGCAUGUUAUCGAAGCAUUGAGACAACCCCAUAUUUGGUGGCAGAUCGGAGCGGCUAUUGUGCGCAAACGAUGGCUGCGUCCAAUCGCUCCCGUGGUCAUGUCCCCGAUUGUCGCUUUGUACUGCCGUGCACGCAGAUUACUGAAAAAGAAAGGAGUGGCACGUCGACGGUGGGCAUGUAGUCUCUGCCGACGCCGAGCGAGAUGGAAAUGUGUUCGAUGCCUCAGAAGUUACUAUUGUUCCCGACAGUGCCAAAAUGUGUCCUGGCACAUUGUACAUAAACACGUGUGCUACAAACCCAGCCGAUGGUACUCUUCUGUGAUAGUAUACGGAAUCGCCACACUGCUAGCCUUUCCCGGAAUUUUAAGGGACCCACUCGUUUAUGACCUUGGGUUUUCUUUUAUUCCGCUCUCGUUCUAUGUCAUGGCAAUCCUUGGAGGUGGAAUCGCAACCGCGUUGAAAAAGAGCUUUGGUUUGGACCUUCGAGGCAGAACCUAUGAGAUUGUGAUUGUGCUUCUCACACUCGGUCUUGCCCUUGUGUCAUUAGGGCUCCUUCGCGCCUUUUUUGGGGAUUCUUCAGGAUGCUACGGAGUCUUGGGAAGUAGAAGUUUAAACGAAGAUGAUCAAUUCACUCGGUUUCUUCGCAAAUUGCAAAGAUCCAUCCUUGAGCCAGCCAAAAAUUGGUUCUUGAUUUGGGACCGUGCUGCAAUGAGUUCUGGGACGUGGCCUAAAAAGAUCCUGUGCAUGCCAAACCAAGAAUAUGGGUGCUUUGAGCACCUGUACAAAGCGAAUGCUGAGUUCCUGUUCGAUGAAGUAAACGGAGGAAAAUGUUCAAUGGACAUGAUCCUAGUCUCGUCAUUGCUACAAAGUGCAGCUAUCGUCGCCGCUGGAAACCAUUUUUGGAAGCGCAGAGAGCGUCAGCGACGCGCUGCAAGACGACCCCGAGUACAUCAAGAUUGAUGAUUUUUUAAUAAACGAUGUAAAGUACGGGAUGACAAAAUCUCAAAAGUUUCAACGCCAUUCACUACAGUAUUUUUGAAAUGAACUGAAAAUAAUUGAUCAAUUCGUCCAAUACUGUAGCGAAAUAUGGGCGACUUGCGCACUGCAUUCCAAUUGCAUCCGAGGCAAAAAUGAAAAUGGGAAAUAAACUACAAUAGUAGAUGUACACUCGAGAUGUCAUAUUAAUCAAUCCUUUUUUUAUGCUAAAGACGUGUUCUGUGUGGAUUUUUAUUUACAUGGAACCUGAUCGGUUUGUUUUCGUUCCUUUUGCAUGGAUGCAGAUACUUGAAUCUUUCCGAGACAACACCGUAGUCAUGAUUGAGGUAGGUGACAAGUUUACAAUCGUCUUGAGCCCUCUUCGUUUCUUGCUUGUACUCUGGUUUAUGACUCGAUUUAUUUAAAAAGAUGUCAAGUAUCGGGCUGGGAGAGAUUAUUGUAACGUGGUUUCGGUUGAGUUUGAUUACAUGGGUUCUCUGAACUCUCUCAUCUAAAUUUUGAACAAAGUUUCGUUUCGAAACCUGAAAAUCUCGUUUUCUCAAAACUCGGUAGUUCAUAUGGAUAAUAUGUAUAGUAGAUAGUACAGUAUAAAAUAAGUUGUAAAUAGUACAGUACAGUAGUACAGUGCUAAAUACAGCACUUCGUACUAAUUUUAAUAAUUAGGCUUAUAUCGUUUUAAUGACCCUUUAUUUUUGUCAACGUCUUCUUGGGAGAGAAAAUGAGGCUCAAUUCAUCUGGUUCAACAACGAUAGGGAAACUCCUCUGCUUGAGCAGCAAAUGCUUACUAUCAUCGAACACGCCGAUCGUUGAAUUAGAUGAAAUCGCAAGUUGCGAUUCUGUAGUUUCGAGCACGGCAUCAUAGACAUUGAAGGUCCCCCCGGAAGCAAUCGGAAAAAGGAAAAUUAAAAUUACCAUUUACCUUUUGCCAAUUUCAUACAUUGAUAGAAAGCAACAGCCUCCCUUUAUUUGUCUGCAACCCGACAAUAAAUACAACAAUUCGCAGCUCGGUGAAUGAGACGCUAGCGGUACAUAUUUAGAUUUCAUAGAUAUCGACGUUCAAUCAAUAUCGAUCAUGUCGACAGAAGAACCAACAAAGAAUGAAGAUGAACUCGGUGGAUUGCCACCAGCAAGUUCGGGAGUUGAAGCGAAACGAAAACAUAUGAUUAAAUCUAGCUCGGCGAGAGUCAAGCCUACCAAGGACAAUGCAAACGCGAAGAAAUUCAACGCUAAUGUUCAAAAUAGCUUUAGUGCUGAUUCUCCUUAUUUCUUGUCAUAUGUUGAGAACGAAAUGAAAUCGAUGGAAAUUAUGCGUCAAACUUUGAAUGAUAUUGCGGCCAGAACAAAAACAUUCGGAAAAUGUGGUUCUCUCAUGGCACAAUCGACACGGCGUUUGGCUCUUGCGUGCCAACUUCGUCAGCCACGGUAUGCAGACGAAGAGGAUUUUGAUUACGCAGAGCGCCGUCGAGAAAUGGAAGUUGCCGAACGGAGAAGAGCAAUUGGAGAAGAUAUGGCUAGUCUUUUGGCGGUUAUGUCAGGUGUAAGUGGAACGACGUAUUGACACUGAAAAUAGUAUGACUUUUCUACAUGGAUAAGCAAUGGCAACUCAAUUUUUCUCUUCAAAAAUCCAUAUAGAUGCUUGAGGAAGUUGCCGAAGCGCAAAUGGACAUGACUCGAUCUUUCGAAGCCACUAUGGUCAACGCAUUGGAACAUUUUGCUAGGUUAGUUCGCAAAUCACCACGCUUUGAUUGAUUUGUUGAUGCCCUAACACGUCGAUUUAUUGGCAAAGUGGUGGCAUUAUGUUACUUACAACUUUCUUUUGAAAAAAUAAAACGUUAUUUGAAAAUUAAGAACUGAACAAAGCGUAGCAAUUGACUUGAAGAGAAAUGCGGAACAAGCGACGGAGUCUGCCGAUGACAUGUUAGCAAAAUAUCUUAAUGGAAGACAUGCUACCGCCCUCGCUGAAGACGGAGGUACCGAAUCCUGGAACAAGUUUAGUGAGCAGGUGGACAAUCAGGGCAGUGGCUUUCUCUCGCGAUUUUCUAACAAUGGCAAGAAUCAGUCUCGACAAAAGUCUGAAUCUGAAGAUCCCGUUGUAAGGAUGGCGGCUACAGCGGCAAAUAUGAGAUUGACGCUUGAACAAGUCCGAUUGGCGCAAGCUACGGCUGAACUCAAACGCUUCCAGCUCUUGAAACAUAUCGUUGCACACAAACAAAGAAGAAAAUUUGAAAUAGGUGAACAUGUUUUGACUUCCUUGCAUGGUGUUAGAGCAUAUUUUCAUCAUUGCUCUGAUCUUGUGACUGGUCUUGUGCCCACAAUGACUCGUUUCCAAGUUGAUCAAUCUUCUGCAAGGGAUACACUUGAAAAUCGGCUUGGACCGUCCUGGAAAGCAAGAGAAGAAGAUAUUAAAGGAACUAUCGAUGGAUUGAAGGAGGUUACUAGGAGCGCUGGCAUAAUCGUUGAUGCCAUCUCUAAUGGUGAUAAGGAUAUGAUUGAAAGGCAAGUAACAAGUCUUCAACAAAUAGAAGAUCAGGUCAAAAUAUGGGAACUACCAAAUUUACUGGCCGAUUCUACUCGACUUCAGCGUGAUCCCACGCCUGGCAUUUUUGUAGAAGGAUGGCUAUACAGAAAGAGUGACAAAAUAAUAUCACUGAAAGAAUGGAGAAAGAGAUGGUUCAUGAUGGAUGCAGUUGGAAUUUACUACUUCAAAAGUAACGACGAGAGUAAAAAAGGGAACGAAGGAUUUUCAUACUCUAAUACUCUAGAACGGGUAAAGAUGUGUGAUGUCGUCUUGUGCACCGUAAAAGAAGGGACAAAGGGAGGUCCUCGUUUUUGUUUUGAAGUUCACAGUCCAAUGAGUCAAAAACCUCUUGUGCUUCAGGCAAGAGGACCUGAUGAAUUCAAGAAGUGGGUCGAUAUUAUUCGCAAGGGAAUCGAACACCAACUUGCGAGCGGAAACACUACACACAUUACACCAAAGCGUGGAAUGCCAGCUAGAUCAGAUUCCAAUGAAUCAUUUCAAGAUGAAACUGAGAACGUGGACAUGCCCGAACUUCAUGAUAUUGACAAUCAAUUAUGCCAUGAAGAACUGGAUGCGAAGAAUACAAGCUUGACCCCUAAACUCAUGAAAGCAAACCCAACAUGUGCUGAUUGUGGGGCAGAAAAUCCGGACUGGGUAUCUUUGAAUCUGGGUGUACUAAUAUGCAUUGAUUGCAGUGGUGUGCAUAGAUCGCUUGGUGUUCACGUGAGCAAGGUACGUAUUGAUCGUGGAAGUAUCCAAGCUUGUUUCUUUAUUCAUUCUCUAAUUCAACGUCACAAAUUCUUUGGUUGCCUGUUAUGAAAAUAAAGGUUCGUUCUUUGAAAUUGGACGCGCUGACUGAGUUUGAAGCAAAUGUAAUUCUCGCCAUUGGAAACGAGAACGCAAAUGGAAUUUGGGAAGAAGGAGUUCUGAUGCAAAAAGGUUGGAAGAAGCCCAUUGCGAGCUCAAAUCGUAAAACGAAAGAAGAAUGGAUCAAGAGCAAAUACUUGUGGAAAGGUUUUUUGAACGUUUCCGAUGAUCAAGGGAAGACUCCCGAAGAACGUGAGGAAAUAGCUUCGAAGGCAAUGUACAGAGCCGCGAAGGAGGGUAACGUCUUGGGCAUAGCACGAUCAUUAGCCCAGGGUGCAGUUGUAACCUGGAUUAAUGUUGAUGAGGGUAGCAAAACUGCCUUGCAUGCAUGCACUCAGCUCAAAGAUGACGAAGAUGAUGAUUCAAAGGCGAUCGUCUGUGCAGAGUUGCUCAUUCAAAACGGAGCAAAGAUGGAUACACGCGACGGAUUAGAACAAGGAGUAUUGGAUUCAGCUCUCCUUGCUAAUGUGGAUCGCUCUAUGAUAGAAUACCUCUCGACCAAAGUUACAUAAAUAAUUACAGCAUAAAAUCAAAGUUAAGUA